GUGAUAAAUGACUGGCAGGCCAUGCACACUUCUGAAGUCAAGAAAUGUGGUGAGGUACUUCAAUGCCAUCACUGUUGGCCAGUCUGUCACAAAUACGGAAAUAAAGGACAUUGCCAAUUUUUGUUCCCGCAUGAGGUAGUGGAUUUUGACACUGAUACAAAUUCUGUCGUUCUUAUGUGUCGUGACGGUACUGUGAAAUAUUUCAAUCCUUACAUUCUUGUUUCUUGUCAUCACAACCACAACAUUAAGUGUAUUUUGUCCGGAAAGGGUGCUAAAGCUGCAAUGUUUUACAUUUCUGACUACAUCACCAAGAUGGAUGUGAAGACUUAUGAAGUCCUGUCCCUAUUA